UUUGCUUGUCUGCCCCCCCCCCCGCCGCGGUCCUUCGUUUUGUGGGGAUUCUCCUUUCUCCCGACCGAAGGGCUCCGUGGACAGGGCUCCAGGCUCCAAGACAGCUGAGCGCUCCUCCCGCGAGAAGCUUGGGGGAGCUAGGAAGCAGCAUUCGGCUAAAAAAGCCUGCCCCCCUCCCCCAACUCAAGGGCUGAAGAGCCUCGCGUGUCCCGUCCCGCCCCGUCCUUUGAAUCAGAGAAGCGGUUUGUCCCGAGCUGCCUGACUACUAGCAAAGAAGGCGGCUUACUUCACGCGGGACAGCCGCGCGAGCUGGGUUGAGUGUCUUGGGUCCAUCGCUGGAGGAAAUAUCUAUGGAGAUUCAGCAACUUUGAAUGUCCCUUGAUGUACGAAAUUUCGCACCACGGUGGCACGGAUAAUAGUGUCAGAAGUUCGGUCAAGGCAUGUAAGAAGGUACUUUGCAGUAACAGUUUGCUAGACUCAACAGAUUAUUGGCUCCAAAAUCAGAAGACACCAUGUCGAAUUGGCAUCAUGGAAGACAAGAUGGACAAGAAUUGCACCUCUGUAUGCUUUGUGAAUCUGGAUGCAGGCAAAGCUGAUUACAACAGUGAAUUCAUGAAACAGAGAUUGGUCAAUAUCUCCCCAAAUCUUCCAAAGUUUAUUGCCUCAAUGAAUGUACAGCCACCAAAAGACAAUGAAAUUAUUUUCCUGAGUGGAUUAACUUCAGAAAAUCUUCAGGCUGAUUUUGAAGUGUCCGAGUGUUCUUGGCUGGCAGAUAUAUGUCUUCUUCAGUGUGCAAGAGGAAACCAAAGGAAGAACACAAGCUGCAUCAUCUUUGAAAUAAACAAGUUUCUGAUUGGCCUGGAGCUCGUGCAGGAAAAGCAGCUGCACAUAGAGGCUACCAGCUUGAAGCUAGAAGAUGAUACUAACUGCUCGGUCUCUUCAAUAGAAGAAGAUUUUCUCACAGCAUCAGAACACUUUGAAGAUGAGGAUGAUGAAUAUAAACAGGGUGAGGAAAAUCUGCAUCUUGCAGCUGAAUUCAAAAAGUACAGAGAAGGAGAUUGUGAAGACUUGCAUUGCAAAAAGGCCCAAGUGCCCUUUUUCCUGAAAGGUAGCUGCAUUAGCCAUGAUAGCACAGCUUCUACUAGAUCUUCAGAGUCAUCUGAAGAAGAAUAUAAUAGUGAAGCUGAAGACAAUGUUUUAGAAACUGUAGAUGAAGCCAAUAAGCAGCUUAACUGGAAAGUUGGAAAGUAUAAUACAACUGGGAAAUGUAAGCCACUCUCCAGCACUGAUGAUAAGAAGGACUUUGGCAAAAGUGAUAACAACAAAUCAGAAAAUGUAUGUUACACCAUAACAACUAAGGAGGAUGUAGUUUUAUUGGAUGAACUAGCUACAGGACAAAGAAGUCAUUUGGACACGUUAAACUGUAGAGUUGAAAGAACACCUCAUCCUCUCAUUCAAAAUGAUCAGGCUCCUACAGGUCAGUUUGCUACAAAUUUGGCAGAGUCUGUCCUGCAAGAUGCAUUCAUUAGAUUGUCUCAGUCAACUUUUACCAAAGAAACUGCUCUCGACAUCUCUGUCAGUAACCCCUUAACUUCAACAGCAUGUGGAACACAGAAUGAAAUGGCUUGCCGGUCAUGGAAUGCACUUCCAAAAAUCGUUAUUGUUCAGAGUCCAGAUGGUUCUGAUAAGUCUGAGUGGCCUGGGUCUAACUUUCCAAGCUUACAUCCUUGGUCUGAAGUUGAACAUUCUUCUGGUGCAGAUUUUUUCCAAGACAAUAGUCCCAGUAAAAGUACUCAGAGUCCUUUGGAGGUAGCUUUGGCUUGUGCAGCUACUGUCAUUGGUACCAUUUCAAGUCCACAUGCUGCAGAAAAGCUUAGAGAACAGGAAUCCCUGAACUCUGUAAUGACUGUUGGUAAUCGUGAAGUGGAGGAAAAAACUUCCCAAAGUACCAACAGUAAUUGUAACUCUGUGAGUUAUUCAUUUCUACCUGACCUUUCAGACAUGGCUCAGAUGGCAAAUGUAGUUGCUGUUCAUGGACUUGGUGAAAAAAAAGAUAUAUAUCCUGUAACUUCAAGUGGACUCUUAUCUGCAGCUGAGACAUCAACAGCUGUUACGCUCCAUUGUAGCAUAGCCAUUGGAAGCACUAUGGAGAAUCUGAACAAUAGCAUUGCACAAGUCUUGUUCAAAGAGGCAUCUCUAGUAUUAACCAGACCUCAUGCAUACAGAACUAUGGGAGAAUUUAUGGAGUCUGUAAAUGGAAAAAUAGUUCAGGCUGCGACAAAGCCCUCUACUGCUCUCCUGGAUGAAAUCAUUGUUGAUGAACUUGCUCAGAAUUUGUCCAAUAUUAUUCUCAGGCAUUCUGUGGAGGAAGUUAGAAAGAAACAACACUCAGAAAAGAACAUAGAUGCAUGUUUAGAAAGCACACAAGAUGUUUUUACUGCAACUGCAAAUCAGCUUCUGUUUAAUGUAUUUUACUUCACUUGCAAGAAAAUGAAUGACAUUACACAGCUUAAUGAAUGCUCAAAUACUUUCAUUCCAGAUACGUUUAACAAACAGGUAAUGGACUGCCAACCAAAAGAGACAAAAAAUGAUGUAUUGCAUCGGUCCUCAAGCUGCUCCAAUAAUAAGCUCACCAGUAAUUUCCAUGACAAGGAUGGUCUAUUAAUGACAAAUUUGGUGAACAAUGUCAAAGAGGAAAUUGUGCCAAAUGCCUUGGAAUCUCUAUCUACAGUCAAUGCUCAGAGUUCACUCUCCAGAAAAACAUCUUCCAAGAAAAGGUAUUUGAAAAGAAUUACAAAAGAAUGCUGCAGGCCCGUAAAUCCGAAUAGCAAUUACAUGAAGGCAGAACUAUCUCCAUUUAGCAGCAGAGAAAACCAGACAUUAGGCAGUGAAGGCAUACAUGGCCUUCAAGAAUUUCUAACUUCCAGUGUCUCCAUAAUAACAGAAAAUCAUGAAGAGCCCACAUGUGAUGCUGCGUGGCACAAUGAAAGACAGCUUAGUGUACCUUUCUUGGGUAAUCAAGGUAUUCUGCCUACCCGACCUCUGGUAUAUUUGAUGCAUCCAGCAGAUAAAUACUGCAUAACAGAUUUUGCAGAAGAAUUGGCAGAAACAGUGGUUUCCAUGGCAACAGAAAUUGCUGCCAUUUGCCUUGAUAAUUCAAAUGGCAAGCAGCCUUGGUUCUGUGCAUGGCAAAGAGGAAGUGAUUAUUUGAUGCCCCAGGCUCUGCCAUGUCGAUCUAUGAAAAGGAAAAAGGAAACCCAAACCAGUGGAUCAACUGUGAGAAAACAUCGGCCACCUAGACUCAGUGAGAUCAAAAGGAAAACCGAUGAACAUCCUGAAUUAAAAGAAUGGCUUAUGAAUAGGGUAGUGGAUGACUCAAUUAACCUUGAUGACACCCUUGAUUUGAGCACUAACUUUGCAAAUGAAGCCGCUGCUAAAAUUAUGAAUUUAGCUGAGUUUUCUGUGGCUGAUAAUGUAUGGCAGAAUCCAAGCCAUCCUCAAAAUAGGCUCCAUUGUGACCGAUGGAAUAGAGUCAAUGCAUCCAGCUGUGAAAGCAUUCCGGAGGAGGACUUGGAUUCUAAAGGGUCUAUAAAUACUUUGGCUCUCAUAAAUACUUUAGGACAGUCAAUAAGCAGGACUAGUUCAGUCUCCAAGCAAUCUAGUUGUGAAAGCAUUACAGAUGAGUUUUCAAGGUUUAUGGUCAACCAGAUGGAAACUGAAGGCCGAGAGUUUGAUUUAUUACUUGACUACUAUGCUGGGAAAAAUGCCAAUAAUAUUAUAACAUCUGCACUGCAGCAAGUCACCAAAAAGAAUGGCCACCUCAAUGUAAAGCCAAGUUGCCCAUCCAAACAGUCAAGCACCGAAAGCAUAACUGAAGAGUUUUAUAGGUACAUGUUAAGGGAAAUUGAAAAAGAACAUAAAGAAAAAGUAUAUUCUGCUAAGAAUGCAAAGGAAUGGAGCAGCAGCUUAUUACUUCCCUCUCAACGAUCAUCUUUUUGUUUCAGGCAAUCUUCAGUCCCUGACAACAGAUCCUCAACAUCUAGGCUAACAGUAAAUAUGCCCAUUAAGGCAAAUUCAUUAGAUGGCUUUUCUCGUAGUGGCCACGGAGAUUCCUUAACUGUCUAUCCAGUCAACACAGCGUCUUCUUCAGGACUCUGUAAAUCAGAUUCUUACCUGUACCAAAGAUGUAGGACUGAUCAGGUAACUGACAUGCUCAUUCAUGAGACCUGGGCAAACUCCAUUAAAGCUCUGAUGUGCAAGAACAAAAUAAUUCUAGAUAGCGGGGAGGUUGCCCAGCCUGAACAGCAUCCACCACAUGUUCAGCAAUAUGCACACAGGCUCGCUGCAAAUAUUGUUGAAAGUGGGAAAACUUUAAUUGCCGUCCACCAAGAUUCCACAAAGAAAGAUCAUGUCACAGAAAGCAUCCAUAGCCCAUCAGGGAUGCAAAACAACUCUAAACCAUUUGGAGACAGAAGAUACUUAGAUGAGAAAGAACAGCAGGCCUCAUUCCCUGGAUUGUUUUCUAUAAAACCCACGAGCUCAUCUUCUUGCCUCAGGGAAGUGCCUUUAAUCCAGAUCGAAACAGAUCAAAGACAACACCUUGAUAAUGCCUCAGAGCCUUUAAAUGGAAUUAAUGUUACCUCUAGCAAAGCAAAAGAAGAUCUACUCAAAGGGAAACCCAUAGAUGCUGAUUCAGGACAACAGCUAAUUUCCUCAAACAGCCAUGGUUUGACAGUGUGUAGCUGCCCUGAAUCUGAAGCCUCUGUGGACAAUACAGCAGUGGAAGAGUUUCCAGUCCCUCUUAGCAGCAGUGAAGAAAGUACAUGUAGCAGCUGGUGCCAGCUGGCAAACAAUCCUGAUGAUACAAGCAGCUAUUUGCAACUCAGCGAGAGAUCUAUGAGCAAUGGCAACAGCAGUACCUCUAGCAGUCUUGGCAUUAUGGAUCUGGAAAUUUAUCAGGAAAACAUACCAUCUUCUCAUGCAUUUAAUGAUUUAACAGAAGGAGGAGUUUUCUGUGAGAAACUACCAGAAAAGAUAGAAGCAGGCACGUCUGGGUUGACUGUUGAAACUACUAAUGAGCAGAAAGAUCUCUUGGUGAUAAACGUGGAUCUGGAACCAGAAUAUCCUGAUGCAGAAUUGCGUGCUACACUUCAAUGGAUUGCUGCAUCGGAGUUUGGCAUACCCAUGAUCUAUUUUAAGAAAUCUCAGGAACACAGAAUUGAAAAGUUUUUAGAUGUUGUGCAGUUUGUGCACCAGAAGUGCUGGAAAGUGGGUGAUAUCUUUCAUGCUGUGGUACAAUUUUGCAAGCUCCAUGAAGAAAGUAAAGGGCCAACUCUGAGCCUCUUUGACUGGCUUCUUGAGCUAGGAUAAAAACCUUAUGAAAGAUAUUGUUUGCAUUUUUAUUCCAUUUUUAGCGGCAGUGAUCUGUGAGUGGCCGUUUUAUUCAAAAUCUCAACAUAGAGCUGAAAAGUAUCCAUUCUGCUGCUACGUCAUGACCGUUCCAAAGCAGUGCAAAGAAGGGAAGUGAGGAGGGAGGACAGGGCAGAAAGAGAGAAGUGAAGAGCCAAUGUAAAAUAUUACUGCAUGAAGGACUUCGUAAUUUUGAAUGCAUUGCUCUUGAAAAGAAAAGGAUAUGCAGUUAAAUGACUGUGGGUUUUUUUUUUAACAAAAUCUAAAUGAAAAAAACAUUUUCCAUAAUCUGCCAGCUACGUAUUAACUGCUAACUGGAAUCCCAGUAACAAAAUUCAGUUUUUUUAUUUAAAAAACUUUGUAUUUAUAAAGGCACUUCAAAUGCCUAAUGAUUAUACAGUGACAAAUGAAUUCAUAUCAGAUGUUCUUAAAUGAAUUCUAUAUUGUUCUGCUUUCAAUCUAUUCCCAAAGAUUCCCAAGGAGCAAAUUAAGGUCUAUGCUGACACUGCAUUGAAAAGCCUAAAAGUCAUUCCACAAGUGUGUCCAUUCUGCUGAAAGAAUUAAGCCCAACAGCUUUUUAAAUGAGUUAUUAAAACUCAUGUUCAAUGAGUAUAAUGCUGGUCUGUCCUUUAGUAGAAUCGAGUGUCACUGGGAAUUCUAGACAACUGCCUGAAUGGCCAUUGUCAAAAUAUUAGCGUUUCCCAGUUUUAACAAUGACUCAUAUGCUUUAUAAAAUUAUUUCCAAUCUCUGAAUAAAUAAUAGAAACAUGUACUCUGAGUAAGUUUGCAGUGGGUUCAGUCAGGAAUUAAAUAGUCAUUUAACUCCAAAAGUAAAAUAAGCUCAAUUAGGCCAACCUGGAAAAUAAUGGCUUUCCAUUAUGCCUUAAUAAGAAGAUUGUACUGAUGAAAUAUUUAAUACUAUUAUCAACAAUUUAUUUCUAAACAUCUUUAAACUAAUGUAUCCUUUCAUUGUAAAUAUUUGAAGUAUAGAACAUAAAGAUUUUUCUUACAGAAAAAUGUACUUGUCAAAAGCUAGUACCUUGCUACUCAGAAAAAUAGUUCUCAUCCUACUCAAACAUUCUUUGUAACAGCUAAAGAAUCUGAUUUUAAUAUAUACAGUAAUCAAGGAAGUAAAUUAGGUUGCAGUAAAAAUAAUCUUCAGCUUACUACCUGGUAAAUAGCUCCAGUACAACUUGCCAAUAUCCAUUGCUAGUAGUUUUCAUUGUGGCCCUACUAUGAUAUUGAAUAUUUAUUUCACAAAAAGGGGUGCUUUUUACUACAGGAUUAUGAUUUUAGAAUGUAUCCAAAAAUAACAUUAUUUUGCACUAUUUUAGAAGCAAUUUUUAAUUCAAUAUAGAGAGCCAUAAUUACCACCAUUUCCCAAUCAUGACUGCCCUUUCUUAUAUGUACAGCAAAGAUAUUGCGAGCAUUUCUAUCAAUUUAAGUAGCUUUAGGAAAAUAAUCAUUCUACAGUGCAUGUAGAAAAGUAAAGAAUACCAUUGUUUAUAGAAGAAUUUUGGAUUAGCACCUUGGUCUGCUUUGGAAAAGUGCCAUUUCCUAAAAAGUUUAUCAGUAAGUGUUUGCACUCAGAAAUCAAUAAAAUAAUACAUCAUUAGAGAUUGCUAUAUUGUUGAAAUAUAUUUAUUUUUGACCAAAUUAGUUGUGAAUUACACAGAUUUUGCAGUGGUAGAAUAAAUGUUUACAAGCACAAAUAAUAUAACAAUGUAACAAUGUGAUGACAUUUCUCUGUGUAUAUUACGUUUUAGUACUGAAGCCUGACUUGAAAUAAAUUUGUGUUAACAAUC